UUGAUUGACCCCACUACACAGUCGCCGCUUGAACACAAGCGUGCCCCAUGUUGUUAGUUGCCAGGGUAGUUCGCCGUAUAGUUUGAGAAGCAGCUCAACCCCGUACGGGCGUUGGUUAUCCGCAUGUUUUGGGGCCCUCAACACACACAAAUUAAGUGAAAAGAAGCAAGACCAGCAGCGAGAAGAAGGCCAGUGCCAAUUUUUCAAACAGUUUUAUUUUGCCUUUGUGCGGAGUGUUUUUUUUUCGAGACUGUCGUUACAGAAAAGCAGCCAAACUGUGGGGCGCCGGAGCUUUUUUUCUUCCUCCCCAGGGAAUGUACUACCCGCACAUGGUGCAGACGGGUAUGACGGCGCCCUUCGGCGCCGCCGCCCCUGCCGCGGGUUUUCCCACCGCCGCACAAAACGGCGAAGUCAAAGCGGCCGAGGACAAAUCGGCCUUACCACUACUACCGCCUCCAGCGACAGCACCGGGCGCCGGGCCGCCCUUCAGUCCGCCGCCCCCGCAAGGUCCGCCCGCUCCCGAGCCGCCCGGCGCCGGUCUGGUGGGCAGUCCGGCGGCAGCCGCAGCUGCUGCGGCCGCGGCUGCCGCCAUGGCGCAGCAACAGCAGCAACAACAGCAGAACCACGCGCAGUAUAAAUGCGAACCACAGGAGACUGAACACCAACAAAACGGCACAGCACAACCGCCUACCUCAGAGGCAUCGGAGAGUACAAAACAGGCGCAAGGCACGCAAGCAGCUACCGAAUUGGCCAACCAGCCCAAGAGACUGCACGUCUCCAACAUUCCAUUUAGGUUUAGAGACCCCGACCUUAGGGCCAUGUUUGGUCAAUUUGGACCAAUCCUAGACGUAGAAAUAAUUUUUAACGAGAGAGGAUCGAAGGGGUUCGGUUUUGUAACAUUCGCAAAUAGUGCUGAUGCGGAGCGCGCACGAGACCGACUACACGGCACCGUGGUUGAGGGAAGAAAAAUAGAGGUAAACAAUGCAACAGCUAGAGUACAAACAAAGAAACCACCAGCACUUCCAACAGUUCCGGUAAUCCAAUGGCCAGCAGACGCGGCGACGCUCCGUGCAGGUGUGGCAGCUAUCCAGAGGGGGCGCGCGAGGGCAGCGUAUCCUGCUGCAGCCGCAGCCGCUGCAGCUUUCGCCAGGCAUCCGACACCCUUGGCAGGAGCUUUGCACGGUUACACACCUGUCCUGAAUACUCUCCCAGUAGACGGCGGAGUUUACUACGAUCCUUUCCUGGCGGCCCAUGCUGCCGACCCCAACUACACGAGGCUGCAGGCCGCGGCCGCAGCAGCAGCAGCAGCCGCCUCCUCGCCUUUACUAAAAACGCCACUGUCCACUGCCCCGCAGGCCAGCUACGCAGCGGCGGCCACCUACACCGCAGUGGCGGCGCGGUACAACGCAGCGGCGGCGGCGGCGCAGCCAGUGGCCGGCUAUGCGACGAUGGCGGGCUACGGCCGGGACUACGCGGACCCCUACCUGGGACACGGGAUAGGACCGAUGGCCGGAUACGGGGCAGCUGUUUAUCGUAGCGGUUACAAUCGUUUUGCGCCCUACUGAACAUAUCCGCAGCUCCGUAAGGCCUACCGAACAGAAACCAACAAAAAAUAACGUAAAAAUACUCAACUUAAAAAAUAUUGUUCUUUGUUUUUUGUGUACGUAGCACAAAGAAGCACAAAAAUGAGGAAGAAACCAGGAGCCAAAGAGCUGUAACUCACACUAAUGUAAGCCCUUGUGAUAGCUCAUCUAACCCAGCUCUCUAACUUAGUUAGGUUAUGUUUUAAGUAUGUCGUUUCCAUUCACUUAUAAAAGCAUCACUCGUUAUAUUAUAAUACUGAGUGUUUCAGUACCAAAGUUCCAAUGGAAUAACAUAUUUGAAUACAAAUUUAGAAUGUUGAAUGUCUUCGGGUAGCAAAAAUAUUUAAAAACCUUUUAUUUUAUACAACCAUACAGUUUGUGAAAUAUUUUUUAUCAAUUUUAUCAGUCUAUACCUAGGAAUUUUUCCCCGUCUUUUGAACCAUUUGUACCUCUGGUAAUAAUAUAUCAAUAAAUGAAAAAAUCAAUUUUAAUAAUGAAAGAUUUAGAAGCUUAUUAAUAUACCAUAAAAUAUACAGCGUGUUGUUGUAUUAAUACCACAAGUAAGGAACAAGUAAGGCGUUUUGUUUUUGUACCACCACAAUUUAUUUUUAUGUAUAUUUGCUAUCUUCACAGAAAUUCAAGCUUAAUGAUGCAUCGGUAUUUCAUUGGAACAGGAUUAUUGAGACACCCAAUAGAUUUAGGUAAUUGUUUAUUUACUGAGAAUAUCCUGAACAAUCAUCAAAUAUAAAAGACAGUUUAUUUUACCGUGUUCAGUCAUGUGUAAGGUGACAAAAUAUUUGUAAAUACACAACACAUACACAUUUUAUUCAUUAUGUUUGAUUUUUUAUUUUCCGUUAUACAUUUUCAGUUGAUCAGUGUGUUAUUUAUUUCUUAAUUUUCAUUAUUUUCUUAUUUUAUAUUAUUUUUUCUCUUGUUGAUUUAAUUUUUAUUUAUUAUUUUUGCCAGAUUAAAAUAUUGUUUCCAUUUCUAUUCAGGAUAUUAACAUGUAAAUUGUAAUUUUCUUAAAAUAUCUUUUUAUAAUACGUAAAGUUGCAUUGUAACAAUUAUGAAACUGGUAUAUUAUGUGAUAUGUUUUUUUUUAUUUUUACACACUACUGUAUAAAAAGGAUGUUAGAUUAAUUUACAAUUUUAUAGUUUGUUUUUGUAAUUGGUCUCUCUAACGAAAAUACUUAUUGUGAUAACCACAAAAUCGAUUUUUAGUGUAUAUAAUUUGAUUGUGUCAAAUUUUCAACUCAGAAAUUUACUAAGAAAUGCAAUUUUUAUAUUGUUACAGUGUUAACAAUGAACACGCUCUCUGUAAUCGAUUAUCUCUCUAUGGUUUAUCCUUUAAUGUUGUAAAUAUUUAUUUUUUGGUUAUUUUUUCUUUUUAUUUUGUAGUGGGUUUGUGUCUUCUCCCCAUAAUAGUUAAGUAAUUUAGCUUGUAAGAUAAAUGAUAUCAUUUUAUGACUGCUAGAAAUUACUUUAUAUAUAAGUAUGUAAUUUUCAAUUUUUUGUAGAGGUAUACAUAUUGUUCUUUGACAGAUUAAUUUGUAAAUGUGACAAAGCAGAUAGAAAUGUAUAAAUUAAAUAGCAAUAAUCACAGGAAAUAUGUUUUAAUGUGAUUGAUAUUAUUUUUAUCACAGUAUACUUCAAUAUAGUCAACUAACUCUUUUAGUGAAACAGAAACUUGGGAUUCAAAUUUCCGAAUUUUUAGAAGCUUUUUCCUACUAUGACAAAAUUGGUAUGAUUGCGGAAAAAUUGUUUUGAAAAAUAUUUUGAAGGUGACUGUUAGCUUCACCACAAUAAAAUUUUAACUGUUUUAAAGUAAAGUGGGCCAUCCACGAUGUUUGUUGUCGCUAUGAGAGAUAGUUGUAUAUUGAUAGUAUAUCAUAUGGAUCAACAAUAUUGAAAUGCAUUUUGAUCUAUAAGUGCAAUGGAAACUGUAAUUCCUUUGUUAAAUUAUAUAUUUUGAUACUCUUGUGUUGAUUCUUAGGCAACUACAUUAUGCCUGCAUAACAUAUCGAGGAUGUUCUCUCUUAUAAUUAGCUAUUAUAUAUCUGGAUUAAUUAAUGUAUAUUUUAUUUUACGAAGUUUCUUUAGUUAAUCUCUAGGAUGUAUUUCCAUAUUUCAGUAAUGUUAAGCUCUCUAAUACAGGGCGACCCGGCAUUUCGAAAAACCUCGAUAUCAUGUUUUUGGUUUAAUAUUUUAGCUCUAAUAUUUUUAGAAAAUAUUCAGGCAAUUUAAAAAUAUUUUUGUCAGUAUAAAAGGUGAUUCAAGAAUAUUAACUGGAAUGUUAUAUUUUUUUAGAUCAGUGAACUUGCCUUUAAAUUCUCAGUUUUUAGUUAAAAACAUAAUACCUUGAUAAUAUGGCAACAUAGCUAAAUUAUAUUUACAAGAAAUAAAACCCAGAAAUGAUCCAGUACGUGGUUCUCAAAAUUUAAGCAAAAAAUAUAUAUUUUUUUAAUUUUUAAAUUAAAAUAACUCGGUUACUUUGGACUUAUUUGAAAGACGCUAAAAAAGAGAAAAUAUAUCGAGAUCUACGAGUCCAAAAAAUAUUCGCACUUGUGUAAGACACCCUGUAUAACAUUACAUUUAAAAAUAUGCGACGUAUACUUGAAUCACCCUGUUUAUUUUAACCGUUACCCGCGUAUUUUUAAAAACGAUUGGACUGAAAAUCUCAAAUCAGAAAUGUGAUACCAGGCUUUUUUUGAACGCUGGGCCACCCUGUAUAAUUUCUCUUUAUGAUUGUAGGAGUUUGUUAGCUAGAAAAUACUCAAUAAUGUGCCACGAAUCUCUAUACUUUUAAAUCUAAUUAGGAGUAUGAUUAAAAAAAAAGACAGUGAAAAUACAUCCUACCAAAUUUAAAGCCAAGUUUUUUCUAGUCGCUGUAAAUAUCUAUACACGUACAAAUCAUCCAUGACUGGUUACUUCUUUUCGAUUAUUUUAACAAUAAUUUAAUUGGACGUCGAACAAUCGAAUCGAUUUUAAACACACACAAAUAAUGCGUAAGUUUUAUGCAUCAAACUGGAGAGAAAUAUCUUAGCACCUUGAAUUUAAGUUAUGUUGUAAUUUUUUUGUCUUUUUUUCGGACAUCCGAUUAAUGAAAUGAAUGAUGAUCGUGUAUGUGAGAAUAAUAAAGUUAUUAAGCAAA